AUGCACAGUCGAGCCACCAGCGAAGUAACUCAGGAAGCAUCUUUCGUUGGAGGCGAAGCCUUUUCCACACCUCAUGAAGAUGGCAGACAACUCCGAGCCUCUUACAAGAGGCUCGCCCAUGCUCGAACAUCCCUUAUGCCAGAUGAGGACGAAGGCAAACCCUUCCCCGUCGGCCAAGUGGUCGGUUCAGAUGGCAUCAAGCGUUGGUACGUUCUCAACAAACAUGGGAAGACACUGUAUAUCGAAUCCGACUUUUACACAGUGGGCGAGGGUUCGUCAGCGCACAUGCAACUCUUGCACCCAGAGUUAAACAAGCCAGUCUAA